UUGCCUUGUUCACGUCCAACUCGGUUUCAAAGUGCAACAAGCUCUUUAAAACCAUACAAGGUUUCCUCUUCCUUCUUAUCUUAUGCUUCUUCUCUAAAAAGAAAACAAAAUUGUGAUGUUUCUACUCCAAAUUAAGGUCUUUUAGCAGGAAUCUACAGUACUGUAAUACACAGGAGCUCCUUCAUUUAAACUACAGUUUUAAAGACACAGUAGGGUUAUUACAAGGAAGAGAAAAAUGGCAGGAAAUGAUUGGAUAAAUGGGUACUUGGAGGCAAUCUUAGAUGUGGGAAACAGUCUGAGGAAAAGAAAUGAUGGGAAGUUGAAGAUUGCCAAGUAUGAAGAGAGCAAGGAAAAGGAAGACAAGUCAUUUAGUCCUACAAGGUACUUUGUGGAAGAAGUUAUUAAUAGCUUUGAUGAGUCUGAUCUUCACAGGACAUGGGUCAAGGUGAUAGCAACAAGGAAUACUCGUGAACGCAGUAACAGGCUUGAGAAUAUGUGCUGGCGCAUUUGGCAUCUUGCCCGUAAAAAGAAAAAGAUAGAAUGGGAUGAUGCACAAAGGCUCGCAAAGAGAAGGCUGGAGAGGGAGCAGGGGCGCAAUGAUGCUGCAGAGGAUCUUUCUGAGCUAUCCGAAGGGGAGAAGGAAAAGGGGGAUGCCAACAUUUCAGAAGCUGUCAAGGACAUUAGCAGGAUUAAUUCGGAUAUGCAAAUAUGGUCUGAUGAUGAAAAGCCGAGGCGCCUAUACAUUGUGCUAAUCAGUAUGCAUGGGUUGGUGCGCGGAGAAAAUAUGGAACUCGGAAGAGAUUCUGAUACUGGGGGUCAGGUAAAAUAUGUCGUUGAACUUGCUCAAGCUCUAGCCAACACUAAAGGAGUCUUUCGUGUGGAUCUAUUGACUAGACAAAUCACCUCACCUGAGGUUGACUGCAGCUAUGGCGAACCAAUUGAGAUGCUCUCAUGCCCACCUGAUGGCAGUGGUAGUUGCGGAGCCUACAUAGUCCGUAUCCCUUGUGGUCCACGUGACAGGUACAUACCGAAAGAAUCACUUUGGCCUUACAUACCUGAAUUUGUUGAUGGAGCCCUCGGCCAUAUUGUCAACAUGGCUAGAGCUUUAGGUGAACAAGUCAAUGGGGGAAAGCCAACUUGGCCAUACGUGGUACAUGGCCACUAUGCUGAUGCUGGAGAGGUCGCAUCACACUUGUCUGGAGCCUUAAAUGUGCCAAUGGUGCUGACCGGACACUCACUAGGAAGGAACAAGUUUGAGCAAUUGGUUAAGCAAGGAAGGCUUUCUAGGGAAGACAUAAAUACAACUUAUAAGAUAUUGAGGAGGAUUGAGGCUGAAGAGUUAGGGUUGGAUACAGCAGAGAUGGUGGUGACUAGUACAAAGCAAGAGAUUGAAGAGCAAUGGGGCUUGUAUGAUGGAUUUGAUCUCAAAUUGGAGAGAAAGCUCAGGGUUAGAAGGCGCCGGGGAGUAAGUUGCUUAGGACGAAACAUGCCAAGGAUGGUGGUUAUACCUCCAGGCAUGGACUUCAGCUACGUAACAGCACAAGAUUCAUUGGAAGGUGAUCUAAAGUCAUUAAUUGGCUCUGACCGAACUCAGAAGAAAAGAAAUCUGCCUCCAAUAUGGUCUGAGGUAAUGCGGUUUUUCACAAAUCCGCAUAAGCCCACCAUACUUGCACUGUCCCGUCCUGACCCAAAGAAAAAUGUCACCACAUUGCUAAAGGCUUUUGGGGAGUGCCACCGCCUGAGAGAGCUAGCCAACCUGACAUUAAUACUUGGUAAUAGGGAUGAUAUUGAAGAGAUGUCUAAUAGUAGCUCAGUUGUUCUUACAACUGUGCUUAAGCUCAUUGACAAGUAUGAUUUAUACGGUCAAGUUGCUUAUCCCAAGCAUCACAAGCAAUCUGAAGUCCCUGAGAUUUAUCGUCUAGCUGCAAAAACUAAGGGAGUUUUCAUCAAUCCAGCUUUGGUAGAACCAUUCGGUCUCACACUUAUAGAGGCAGCUGCUUAUGGUUUACCUGUUGUUGCUACCAAAAAUGGUGGACCAGUGGACAUUUUGAAGGCUCUUAAUAAUGGCCUUCUAGUAGACCCUCAUGAUCAAAAGGCAAUUGAAGAUGCACUUCUGAAGCUUGUUGCUGACAAAAACCUGUGGUCCGAAUGCCGGAAAAAUGGCCUGAAAAACAUCCAUAGAUUUUCUUGGACAGAGCACUGCUGCAACUAUCUCUCCCAUAUAGAACACUGCAGAAACCGACACUCAACAACACGUUUUGAGAUCACACCAAUUCCUGAAGAACCAAUGAGCGACUCUCUAAAGGACGUGGAAGACCUGUCUUUGAAAUUCUCAAUAGAAGGUGAUCUCAAGCUUAACGGAGAGUCGGAUGCAGCAACUAGACAGAAGAAACUUAUAGAAGCCAUUACUCAAGCAGCUUCUUUCAAUGGCAAUACCACUGUUACUUAUAGUCCUGGUAGAAGGCAGAUGCUAUUUGUGAUUGCUGCUGACUGUUAUGAUUGCAAUGGGAAAAGCAUGGAGACUUUUCAAGAAAUUAUCAAAAAUGUGAUGAAAGCUGCAGGCUUAUGCCUAGGGUUGGGCAGGAUAGGCUUUAUACUGUUGACUGGCUCAAGUUUACAAGAGACAAUGGAAGCUUUGAGACGUUGCCCAGUGAAUAUAGAAGACUUUGACGCAAUUAUAUGUAACAGUGGAAGUGAAAUGUACUACCCAUGGAGGGAUAUGGUGGCUGAUGUGGAUUACGAAGCCCAUGUGGAGUACAGGUGGCCUGGUGAGAAUGUUAGGAAAAUGGCAAUUAGGUUAGCUAAGGUAGAAGAUGGGGCUGAAGAUGACCUCUAUGAAAAUAAUCAGGCAUGUGGUUCUAGGUGCUACUCUUAUAUCAUCAAACCAGGAGCCAAGACUAGAAAGGUGGACGACCUCCGUCAAAGGCUCCGAAUGAGAGGCUUUCGGUGCAACCUUGUCUACACACGUGCAGCAUCAAGGUUGAAUGUGAUACCAUUAUUUGCAUCAAGAAAACAAGCCCUAAGGUAUCUAUCAGUUAGGUGGGGAAUUGAUCUUUCCAAAGUAGUUGUCUUUGUUGGAGAAAGAGGGGAUACAGAUUAUGAAGAAUUACUGGCAGGCCUACAUAAGACCCUUAUUAUACGAGGCUCUGUGGGAUAUGGAAGUGAGAAGUUUCUUCGCGGUGACGACAGUUUUAAGACAGAAGAUAUAGUUCCCCAUGGAAGCCCUAACUUAGGCUUUGUGGAGGAGACUUGUGAAGUCCAAGAUAUCUCUGCAGCUUUAGAGUGUCUAGGAAUCAAGUGAUCUUUAUUCUUGAUAUAGUUCUCUUCUUUUUUUUUUUUUUUUUUUUUAUGAAGUUAUUCGUGAAUACACUUGCAUAAGUAAUGCAAAAUGCAAAACAUAUACCAAAGUACAUCUGUACCUAAAUUCAAUCAUGAUGUGCAUCUUUACCUCAAUUUCAAUUACAUGACAAAGAUAAACUUUUAGAUA